AUGGGUUGGAAACUAGGUCUGCUGUUGUUCUCUGUUGCCAGCUCUUAUGCAGACCUACCAGUGGAACAAACAUUAUUGGUGGAAGACAACGACCCAACGAUCCAGGAUCAAAGUGGUCAAGGCGAGAUCAACGGUCAAGUGAAUCCGCUAAAAGUACGGCCAAUAUUUAUAAGUCAGAGUAAAGCAAUACCGACAUUCGGUUCAGUAUUACCGCCGAAUCCAGAUUUAAUUGUGAAUCUUCCUCCACUUGAUCCGAUCGUUGCUACAGCAGCCGAUGAACGUGGAGAAAAACGGGCCGAACUGGAUCUAUUAAAAAAGAGCAGCAAGUUUCGUAACGUAGCGCUUGGAUCGACUGUUAUCGGAGUGCAGAACGAUGAAGAUUCAGAGAUUCAAAACACAGACGGAACAAAUCCUCGCCUUCCACCAUUCGCUUUCAGUGGUGACGAUGUUGACGCCGGGUUGAAAUCGGCUCGUGAAAUCAAAGAACCCGACCAGAUUCCGCCAAACACCACACCGAUCACCCAAUCCACGCUAUUCGAAAAUGCACGGCUCGUCGACACAUUAUCGGAAAUCGAUAGCACAAGACUUGCUGAGGAAGAUCGAACCAGACAAUUGCCGAAGGAUCGCGCUACACCGUUGACUAUCAAGCCUAUUCCUCCAUUUAUCGAAUCUAUAGAUACGGUUGAAGAGUUAAGCACAACCACGUCGUCUGCGACCACAACCGCAUCGGAUUCUGAGCUGCUCGAUCCAAUUGCCGAAUACAAUCGAAAAAUUGUCGAGCUGGCAAAAAAACGUAGACAGCUCAAGGAACAAGGUUACCAGAAAUACAAGCAGAUAAUGUUCAAGAGCGGCCGUAACAUCGUACCGGUUCGACUGUUUUUCGAUACAGAUGCUGGUCUAUCGUUCGAUCAAACAGAAGAUUCAAUUAAACGCUCUAUUCCAGAGCCUAGAACUAGCGUUAAGGAUGACACAGACCUUAGCGAUAAUAAGAACUUCGUGGAUGCAACCGUAGCUGAAGGAAAGAAACAUCGACCACAUAAGGCGGUGGUAGCUAAAGAAAAUAAGCUUACGGAAUUGAGAACGAGGCCUGUGAUCGACUCCGAAUCGAUUGCCGCAGCCGACGUAACCGAAACUACCACCAUGCUAAGCGCAGAUCAAAUUCUACUCGGCGGUCAAAUAGAAACCAUUCCGGAAGACGUAGACGGUAGCGGUAUGCCGGAGCCGACGACUUUGGAAAGCGCCAGCGUGUUUCAGGAAGAGCUCCUGUCUCACAGAACACCACCGCAUGUGCCUGAGUUCACUGCGAUUAAGGGUACCUCUAUCACUAUGAGUCCAACGGACGCAUUUUCUGAGGAUAUCACAAGAUUCGAUAAGAUGGUUAGGGUGAAACCUGCACGAGUGUCUACAAUUACAACCACCAGCACCGAGCAGCCUUCGGAGGUGACUAGUGGGUCCAGGCACGAGCAAUCCACAGAAAAAUCGAUAACGGAGAUCACCACUGAGAUUCUUGACAUGCUCGGCGAAAGCACAACGGCGAUCCUCCCCACGACAUCAACAGAAAGAUCCGGGGGCCCAUCCGUAAUCGUUCCAAUUCCACCUGAUGAGACAUCCGCCCCGGUCACACCAGUGAAUGCGUCAAGAACUCUGCCUCCAUUACUGUCGAUGCCAGCACUCUCCGCCCUGUCCUCAUUCUCAUCCCUAAGCACACCCGUAAAAAUCGCCACACAACCAAGAAAACCAAAAAAAGCCUCGGUAGAAAAUCGUGUUGACGAUAGAAAAAAAUCAUCCGGGAUUCUUGGACCCAAAAAUUUGCUUCCUUCACGGAAGCUAAGACGAAAGCUGGUGAAGAAUCGCACAAAGUCCCCAACAGUUAACAUUGUGGAUUCAGACGGACAGAGAGUAGUAACAUCUUCUCGCACGCGUCCAGUAGGGGUUCUGGAACGACAACGUUUUAUCAAACAAAGAACUAUUGCGACUCCAUCGUUUACAAAGACUACGCGUUCGGGACUUCCGAGAACUCGUACCACUCGACUGCCCACAACGUACCCUGGAAGGGGAAUCGGACAGCCAAGCAAUACAGCUGUUAUCACUAAAAAAUAUCCUGGACAGCGAAUUUAUGAGCGGACUUUCAGAGUGGAUCAACCCAGAAGAACCCGUAUUCGCACGAAGCUGCAGCGUCGUACAACGACCCCGCGGUUCCCUACACAACAAGGAUCAGCAACGGAUCGUCGUUCAGGCUUCGACGCCUCAAGAAAUAAACUCCAAAUCCCGUUACAAACGCAGCACAUCGCUGCUCCGCCGAAUUCCGCUUGGCCAAUUCAAACGAUGUUCACACAGUUGAGCGUACGACCUCAUGGAGUGAAUCGUCAACCAACCUUCGGACCAUCUCAUCAACAAAUUCCCACCGUGCAACUGUCAAUGGUUAGAGAUCGAUCACCAAUGGUUUCUGUGACUCGUGGACCACAAAUGCCACUGCCACAAUCCACAAUUACGAGGACGUUGGUACCACCGGUUAAUUCUGCUGCCGAAGUGAAAAUCGUUAAGCCACAGACAAAUAACUUCGCCCGUGUCUCCCGAUUAAGCGAGUGGGACCGUAUUCGGGCCGAAUUUCUAAGGAUCAAACGACAGCAAAACAAACUUCGCCAUCGAAAAGCACGCACACGAGCAGUGUCCGGAGUGAAAACAUUGUCGUCGGAACAGACUCAAUCGGUCACCGACGUGGAGCGUCAUCCACAAAAUCCGCACAAUGGUGAAAUCGCCCGCGGAGUUGUUUGGCGAGAAGCUCUGCCAAGCAACGAAAUGAAAGCACUUCGAGUGGAUAUUGAUCGCUCGCGACAUACUAUCGAUCGGGACGUUAUAAUGCAAAAUUCAUAG